AUGAAUUUUCUCUUUGGAAUAGGUUCUGAUAACCCAAACUCUUUCAGCUUGUCAAAUUUUGGGGCUUCUUUAGGAUUAAAUGUAAAUGAUCAUCACUCAAGUGCCAGUGUUAACAUGAAUCUGCCUAAUCUACCUCCUACUCCUUAUCAUCAUCCUCCUAAUAUGAUCAUACCAAGUCAACCACAAUAUUACCAUCACCAUUAUUAUCAUGAAAUGCCACCAAUGGGUAUGAACAUGAGUAUGCCAGGUUUUGGAAUUUCACUUCAAACCAACAUGUGUCAAGUGCCACCACCAAUGGGAAAUGCUCUCGCUCAACAAAUUAUUGCAGCUCUUAGAAAUUCCUCAUUCAAAGGAGAAAUGUACAAUGCUGUACAAACCUAUUCUUCAUCUCUUCAUUGUCCAGUGAGUGGAUCAGAUUUGUGUACAAUUUUGGGUUUCUUUGAUUUUGACAAUGACAAGUUCAAUACUAUUAUUCAAUUGAAACAAACAAAUAAUAUUGCACAAAUGAGCGCCUAUGAAGCAAGCAAUAUUAUGAGAUUGUUUGAUUUUGAUAAUUCUAGAUUGAAUGCUUUGCAAUUGCUCGUCACUUUUAUUUAUGACAGAAGAGUGGCAGCUGAGACAGUUGCUGGUACAUUUGAUUUUGAUCCAACAAGAGCCAGAAACAUUCUCCUGACUCAAUAA